AUGCCCGAUCCUACAGUUACCCUCAACCGCCAAAUAGCGGUUGAACAACUCGCCGACGGCCGAUACGUCUCAGUCAUAAACCCAACGCACAUGGGUAGACUGACAAGCACUGUGUUCGGAGGAAACAUUCUAGCAAUUGCAGUCAAUGCUGCAUACCAAACGGCGUCGGCGUCGCAUCACCUCUACACUAUUUCCGGGCACUUCAUCCGCGCAGCAACGCCUGACCGACGACUGAUCUGCGAAGUGGAAAGAAUUAGGAAUACCAGGACCUUUGAAACGCGGCAACUACGAGUGAUCCAGGAGGCUGAUGAUGGCUCCAUUGUUAUUUGUCUUGUUGCCUCCGCUGAUUUUCACAUCGAGGAGCCAAGAUCCAUGGUGGUAUAUUCCACGUCUCCCCAGACUGUUGAUUUCCCAUUGCGACCCGUCAGUCCCUUUACUCCAGAGGAUACUAGUACGGCGAAUAAUCCUUACGGUCUCUAUCGAUAUAUCGAACAAUUUACCGAGAUCCAGCCGAUAGCCCAGAACAAGAAGAAUGGCAAUAAUAAGACACACUGCCAGGACGAACAACGCCCAGUGCCGGCUCAGGCUCCCUCAAGAACAGCCGCAGAAAGAUUCCGCGUACGAGGCCCGCUAGACAGUGAAGCUGAAAAUAUGGCAGCCCUUGCGUUUUACAUGGACAGGGGCUUGGCCUUUAUCCCUUCGAAGCAUAGUGGAUAUGAGCUCAUAGAAGCCAGCGCCUGCGCGACGCUGGAUUUCUCACUUCGAUUGUUUACGCCUAAGGUCGACCUGACUAGUUGGCAUGUCACGGAGCAGAAAACUAUUGUGGCUGGGAAUGCUAGGGCUUUUAGUGAAGGGAGAGUGUGGAGUGAGGAUGGUGUUUUGAUAGCCAUUAUGACACAGCAGACGAUGCUGCGGCCUGGAAUUGAUUUUGUUCCCCGGCUUUGA